GACACACACAAAGAGAGUAGAGUACACAAGAAGAGACGUUAGAGGGGGAGGAGGAAAAAGGAGGCAAAUAGCCAGAAAGAGACUUGAUUUUGGACUACUCUGUGACAUGGGAGGAGACACCACAUAGAUUCUUCAGGGGGGUCUGAAUUUGAUCUUUAUUUUUGCUAAAUCAGUAUAUAAACUCCAAAAGAAAAGGGAAUAAAGAAGAGAAGUAGAAGAAAUGAAGGACAUGGGGCAGUCAGUGGAACUAGGGGUCUCUCAGCGGAAAAGAGUCAAUGUAACUCGCCCCAAAGUUUGGCUAAAGAAUAGAAUUGUUCGAGUGGGACUUGCUGAAUCGCUCUGCACAUACGUCAUGAUGGUGUUUGGCCUGGGGUCGGUGGCACAAGUAGUGACGGGACAGGGAGCGUUCGGACAGUACAUCAGCAUCAAUCUGGGUUUUGGACUGGGUGUUGCUAUGGGGGUUCAUGUUGGAGGGAAGGUCUCAGGGGCUCACAUGAAUGCAGCGGUGUCAUUCACCAUGUGCACGUUUGGCCGUCUUGGCUGGAAGAUGCUGCCGCUUUAUGUUUUUGCGCAACUACUGGGGUCAUUCCUGGCCGCAGGGACAAUCUAUGCUGUCUAUUAUGAUGCCAUAUAUGACUAUUGUGGAGGAAACCUCACAGUGACAGGAGUUAGGGCCACAGCAGGUAUCUUUGCCACUUACCCUGCUCCAUACCUCUCCUUGCUGGCUGGAUUCAUUGAUCAGGUGUUCGGCACAGCCAUGCUUCUGCUUUGCUUGAUGGCUUUGUCGGAUCAGAGGAACAAACCGGCGCCGGCGGGCAGCGAGCCUUUCGCAGUGGGUCUCCUGGUGGUGCUAAUUGGCAUUUCUCUGGGCAGCAACAGCGGCUAUGCCAUCAACCCCACCAGAGACAUCGCACCCAGGGUCUUCACUGCCAUAGCGGGCUGGGGGGUUGAUGUGUUCAGGGCUGGAAAUGGGUGGUGGUGGGUGCCUCUAGUUGCCCCCCCCAUUGGAGGAGUAUUGGGUGCAGGACUCUACAGGGCAUUGGUGGAAAUGCACCAUCCCCCUCUCUCUGAAAAGGAUAAAGGGCUGGUGGAGGAGUUUGAAGAGAGUGUCCCUCUGGAGAAACUAGAGAAAAUCUGUGCUACUGUCUGAGUCUGAGGCCACC